UUCACUUAGAAAAUGGGCAGCGUGUAUAUUUCACACCUGAAAAUGCACAACAACGAGCUACUGCACCGCCAAUAACUACAUUGACGGAAUUUUUCGAGUUGUGUAAAAGAGAUUCAUUUGCAAGACAAUUGUUGUAUUCGGAAGUACCAAAGACGUGGGAUACAACAACAAAAAAAUGUCAACGACGCAAACAAGGAAUUAGAAUUGAAGGUCACACAAAUUUAUUUGCAUCAGAUGCUUUAGGUCGAUUAUACACUGUCCAUCCUUACAAUUUUGAAUGUUACUAUUUGCGUAUGUUGUUAAUCAAUGUUCGUGGGCCAACAUCAUUUCAACAUAUAAAAACAGUUAAUGGAGAAAUAUGUGCAACUUAUCGACAAGCUUGCGAAAACCUACAUUUACUUGAAAAUGAUGCACAAUGGAAUCUAUCACUUGAAGAUGCAUCGAAUACUGCUCAUCCACAUCAAAUACGAAGUUUGUUUGUAGUUAUAAUAACUACAUGCUUUCCUGUAAAUCCUCAAAGUUUAUGGGAAAAGUAUAAAAACUUUAUGAGUGAUGACAUUCUGUUUCGAUUACGUUCGUCGACUGGAAAUUAUGAAUUACAAUUUACAUCUGCAAUAUACAAUGAGGCAUUGGUUAUGAUUGAAGACAAAUGUUUGGCGAUAAUAAAUAAAACACUAAUACAGUUAGGAAUGGAAGCACCUGAUCGAACAACCGAAGGUAUUCAUAAUAAUGAUUUGCGACGCGAACAAUGUUAUGACAUUAAUGAACUAGAUGCAUAUGUACAUUCAAAUGUACCGAAAUUACAAACAGAACAACUUAACGUAUACAAAUCAAUUAUGAGAGCCGUCGAAAAUAAAUGUGGUGGAUUAUAUUUCCUGGAUGCACCUGGUGGAACAGGAAAAACAUUCCUUAUUUCAUUAAUUUUGGCAACCAUUCGAUCGAAAAAUGGAAUUGCAUUGGCACUAGCUUCGUCAGAAAUUGCAGCUACUCUAUUGGAUGGUGCAAUGGGUGAAUUACUUCGGAUAUGCGAUAUCAUUAUAUGGGAUGAAUGUACAAUGGCUCAUUUCAAAUCAUUAGAUGCACUUAGCCGAACACUACAAGAUCUAAGGGGAAAUUCACAACCUUUUGGAGGUGCACUCAUUUUAUUAUCAGGUGAUUUCCGACAAACGUUACCUGUUAUACAACGCUCCACACCAGCAGAUGAAAUCCAUGCAUGUUUGAAAUCAUCACAUUUAUGGAAUGGUGUAAAAAAAUUACAUUUAACUACAAAUAUGCGUGUGCAAUUACAAAAUGACCCUUCAGCCGCACGUUUCGCGAAACAGCUAUUGGAUAUUGGAAAUGGAACGUUAAAAAUUGAUGCAUCCACAAAAUGUAUUUCAUUUCCACCAAAUUUUUGUAAUAUGAUUGCAUCGAAAGAAGACCUUAUUCAAUGUGUGUUUCCAAAUAUUAACCAAAAUUAUAAAGAACAUAAAUGGUUGAGUGAACGUGCAAUAUUAGCUGCUAAAAACAUUAACGUUAAUGCAUUAAAUUUGGACAUUCAAAAUAAGUUGUCUGGUGAAUCUAUAACAUAUAAGUCAAUCGAUAAUGUUAUAGACCAAGACGAUGCAGUGAAUUAUCCAAUAGAGUUCCUAAAUUCACUUAAUUUACCAGGAAUACCGCCACAUGAACUCAAAUUAAAAAUUGGUGUUCCUGUCAUUCUACUUAGGAAUAUUGAUCCGCCACGUUUGUGUAACG